UUUUCUUGCAAUCCCUUGCGUACGGGCGCGACACCCAUGAGGUAUGGCUGGUCACGUGACACAGGUGGAACCGCGGGGACACCUCCCCAGCCCCCUGUACACCUACAGGUGUGUCAUACAGACACCUCCGACAGUCGCACACGUCUACCUGGUCUGGAAGCCGGCGACAGAAGGCUCUUGUCCUCAAAGCAUCUGCACGUCAGAACACCAGUACGAGUGUCGUUCAACAGAAGCAGACGACAUCCUAACUGCCAUCUUCACACAGCAGCCGCCAUCUUGACACACGGUCCAGCGCCAUGGGAAUCAGCGAAGGAUGCGCGGAGGCUACUCACCUGACGAGGCUGACGAUCGUGUUGCUGUUUCUGGGCAGUGUCAGCAACUGGAUCGCAUUCUGUACCGUCUCCUGGUCUUUUAUCAGCGCCGACGAAUUGCUCAGGGACCAAGGUUUCGGACUUUGGCGGCGUUGCAUGCUCAACAGACGCUGCGACACCACCGACGGCACCCGACUAGAAUGGUACGCCGGGGUGCAAUCGUGUGAAGUUUUCGCUUUCAUGGGAAUGAACAUCGCCGCCAUCCUCGCCAUCCUGUACGCCUUCAAGAAGUCCUGUCGGUACAACACUGAGGUCAGGGUGGGCAUCGUCCUCGGCGGAAUUGUGGGAGGCGCCGGUCAUCUGACUGCUGUUAUUGUGUUUGGCAUCCUGAGGAGGUCGUUAUAUUCGUGGACUAACAUGGGUGAGCACCUCGGUUUCUCAUACGGCGUCGCAGUUGCUGCCUCCUUCUUCUCAUUUGCCUCUGCUAUCGUCACCGCCAUCGACAUAUUCGUGUCGCCCACCAGCAGCCCACCCCGUUCAAAAGGUGAAGUUUACGACAACACCCCUAUCUAAAGGUGGAAAACACCAUCCACAACACGUCGGUAAGAAACAGACUUGUUAAAGGCAUUGAAGUAUCAUUGUGUCAACAUGUCCUGAAUCCUUCUCACACUCACCCGUCCACAAAACGACUGUCCCCUACAGGGGUGUGUUUUUAUUAGGUUAGUCAUAGAAAAUAUAUAUUUGUGGACUGAGGAAACAUCAGCCCCUAGUGACUGCAACUGAGUUGUGAGUACAGUGAGCGGUGUUCAGCAGUGACAUCGUGAGUAUCAAAUGACAGACUAAAACUGAGGAAAAAACUUUUUUUUUUUUUUUAAAGUACAACAUGCAUAGAAGUGUUACAUAAUUAUAAGGAGUAAUCUUUGGAUGUAUCUGAAUUGAGAAUUUUUUUCUUUUACCUUUAUCGUUUAUUGUUCAUGCAGCGGUUGCUGUAA